UGCUUUGAAAUAAUACGUUUUAGCUCGUGUUCGCCUAGUUUAACCCGGGUAUGGCGCCUCCGUACUGUUGAAAUGCCUCGAUUUCCGUUCCUUUCCCAGUCGUGCCGUGUACAGCCGCUCCAGCGCACAUUUUUGUAUACAGAUAUACAAAAGUACGGUUGAGGUUCGGAAAGGCGCCGAAAGACUGAAAUUCAGUCAUGAAUGUGCCCACCGAACCCCCCAGCUACACUGAAGCCACAGCUGGAGACAAGCCUCAGGGCCCUAGAGGUCUGGCGGGCACCGCUCAGGCUCCUCCCUGUGUGCCCCUCCACCCGAGCUGGGCGUACGUGCACCCCAGCCCCAGCCCGGGCUACUCUAACCCCUAUGCCUCUGAUGUGUCUUCACCGUACUCGGACCCCAGCGACAGCUGGGACGGGCUCAGCGGGAGCGGCUGGGAGGACAAAAGCAUCCGGCGCAUGUUUAUCCGUAAGGUGUUUGCCAUCCUGAUGCUCCAGCUGAUGGUAACCUUCGGCGUCGUGGCUCUCUUCACAUUCUGCGAGCAGGUCAGGAUGUUUGUGCAGUUCCACCGUGUGCUGUAUCUGGCCUCUUACAUCACCUUCAUGGGGACGUACCUGGUGCUGGCGUGCAGCACGAGUGCUAGACGACGUCAUCCCACCAACCUCAUACUUCUGAGCAUCUUUACCUUGGCGAUGUCCUACAUGGCAGGGAUGCUGGCCAGCUACCACAACACCCGGGUGGUGCUGCUCUGCGUUGGGAUCUGUGCCUUGGUCUGCUUGGGGGUCACACUCUUCUGCUUCCAGACGAAGUUUGACUUCACUCUCUGCCACGGCUUGAUCUUCUCCCUCAUGAUGGUGCUGAUGAUGACCGGGCUGCUGCUGGUCUUCACCGUGCCUUUCGGCUACAUUCCCUGGCUGCAGACAGCUUACGCAGGACUGGGGGCACUGGUCUUCACUCUGUUCCUGGCCUUCGACGUGCAGCUCCUGAUGGGGAACCGGCGGUACUCCCUGAGCCCGGAGGAGCAUGUGUUCGGCGCGCUCUGCCUCUACAUGGACAUCGUCUACAUCUUCUUCUUCCUGUUGCAGCUGUUCGGGAGCCGUGAGUGAAUGCCCAUGGCACAUACCUGCUAACACAUGUGCCCCCCCCCCCCCUCCGAGACUCCCUGUGGCAGCGAGUCUUUGUGCUUUUAUAGGAUAUUGACAAGCUUGGCCUGCCCCACCCCCCCACCUAGCUUCCCAUGCUAGCUUUGAGUUGGGGUUUCAUGCUCAUCCAGGAGUGGCACUGAUCUUUCAAACUGGUGCUAUGUUAAACCAUGGUGAGGAAUCCUCUUACUCCCGAAGUUAGUCAUUCCCCUGAGUCUAUUUCUCACAUUGUUAAUAACAGGUCCUGCUUGUAGUUUAUGGUGCUGAGCAUCAAGUGUUGCAUCAUAAGUUUAGUUCUCUCUGGUUAACAGCUAACUUUUACUGUCACACUUACCUGCAGCGGCCUCAAGUAUCUUCAGUAGUUUUCUAAUUAUUCUCAUCCAUGUAUAUAAGUGCCAUUGCUUUUCUUUUUAAAUGUGAUUUGUCUUUCAAACACAUGAAUCAUAUUCGGAACCAUGCUGAACUCUGGUUCCUUUUUAAAUUGAGUAUUCUUAUCCGAGAGCGUCUGGCUCUCAUUGUAAUAUCCAACACACAAUCAUUAUAUAUUUCAUAGUGAAUGGUAUGAUGCUGUGAUCACUCAACAGUGUUGCUGGUGUUUUUAAAAAAUGCCCCAUUAUUUCUAUGCUUUUGUGUUAAUAGUGUAGGUGAAACCCUGUUAUGAACUGCCAUGUUUGAUUGAAAUUCUUUCGAAAUACGUUCCAGAAGAUGAAAUCAGUUAAGUGCUAUAAAGUGAAUGUGCUUCCAUGCACAUUUAAGCGAUGUUAAACUGUAAAUGUUAUUUUAAAGUCAGUAUUAAUGCUGUGUGUGUGUGUGUGUGUGUGUGUGUGUGUGUACCUGUGUGUGGGUUACAUGCUAGCUGGACAGGAGGGACCAUAGAUAGACUUUGAUGUAGAUGUUUAAUAUGCUGGAUGCACAAAAGGCACAUUUUUGACAUUUGUACAUUUCCUUUCUGGAAAGCAAAUGUAAAUGUUUUACAUUAUACAUGUACCUGGUAUAGUACUUAAGACCCCCCCCCCCCCCAAAAAAAAUGAUUGAUUGGUAUGGUAAUAGAAAUUGGAUGCAUUUAAGGAUAAACGGGGCGAAUUUAAUUCAAGCUGCAGCUGUGAGCACAAUGUGAUGGUCGUACCCGGAUUUGCUAUUACUCACCUCUCCUGUCAUCGGCCCUCUGUGAAGCUGCCCACCCAUGUUCGACACUUUCUGUAGCCCUGUGAUGUGUGUGUGUGUGACUGUUUCUCCUAAUGUCACCACACCUGCAAGGACCCUGCCCUGUUUUUCAUGUAUGGUGUGACGUGUCAGUGGACAGUGCGUGGCCCAGGGUGAAAGCAGAGCUCGUCGUAACAGCACAGCCACUGACGGUAUUACUGCCAAAAGAAAUCUAUAUUUUGUAUCUUCGUAUGUUCAAAAAAAUAAAAUCUUUUAUUGUGAA